GAAAACCGGUGACCCCCCACCUCUGCAUACCUUAUCAUGUAUUUCCUCCAAGUUCUAAGGUUGCAUGACUAUUAUUUGUUAUUGUUCAAAUAUGGUUGCCGGUGAAUCCUAUACAUUCUACUUGAAAUUAAUUAUAACUCCAACGAAACGUUGUCUGAGUAGCGGAUCCAUUUUUCUUCGUCAACGAACAAGCAUUCUACCUUCAGUCCGACGCCGUCCACUGUUGUCAGCCCUGCAUGGUUGUGCUCGGGCAAGUAGUGAAGAAGUUUUACCCUGAGGCUUUUUCUACUCACAAAAUCCGGUGUUACGAUAUUGCAUCAUGAUCAAAACCAGAAUGGCUUUAUCCCACUAUUUGACAAAUAUCAAAUGUUUAUCUCUUGGUUAUGUCAGCUCAGGAGUUGCUGAUGUUUGUCUUGCUCCAUCAUUUUACAAAACCACGUUUGACCAGAAGCAAUGGUCUAUAUGCUUCUUCAGUUAUGCUCAACCUUGUUUAACCAACAAUUCCAAGAGGAUGGCAUGGUCUGUUAGAAGCAGCGUAGACGACAGCAGUUUCACUCCAUCUACUUCUAAUGAAAAUAAUGGAAGGACCCGCCUAAUUAGGGUGAUUCAAGAUUUUCUAACCAAGUUAGGUGCUAAAAUUCAGAAGGUACAGAAAAAUCUUCCAAUGAAACUUAUUUUUUUCUUGAUUGGAUUUUAUUGUGCAACUGCUUUUGCCACUGUUAUUGGACAAACGGGUGACUGGGAUAUUCUAUCUGCUGCCUUGGCUGUGAUUGUCGUGGAAGGGAUUGGGGCUCUCAUGUAUACGGCUUCUCUUCCUGUAUCUAGCAAGGGUCGGAGCCUAAUCUCCAUGUUUAAUUAUUGGAAGGCUGGCCUAACUUUGGGACUCUUCUUGGAUUCAUUUAAAUAUUGACAGUGUUGCUUUAUCUGCUUCAUCAUUCAGAAAUGACUCUGAAUCAUUAUUGGGUUCUGCAACCUCCUUGUGAAUUGGAUAUCGUUAUCUUCGUGCUUUUACCAUUUGGCUUUUAGAAGCUUUUUUUCAGUUUUCAGAGAUUCAUAAAGAAUAUAUCAGUAUACAUUUGAGCUACACUUCAUUGGACAUAAAGAAAAAGGUGUAGUCCUUUUUGAGGCCAGUGCUCUUGAUUGAUUAUUUUCAUUUGUGAUCAGCAUAGCAAUGGCUCUGGCUAGUAAACUUCGAAGGAUAGAUACAUUCAACAGUCACUUCAAUUGUUGGAGUUCUGUUGAUUUAUAUAGAGUACCUCCUUCAGCAGCAGAUCACUCCCUCAUCCCCUUGCUGUCAUAAUUGGAUCACUAGAUUUUAGCUUCUGCCAUUGGGGUGCAGUGAGAUCCCCUUAUGUGUGCCCGGUGUUGACUUGUGCAAAUGGACGAGGUCAUCUGUUGAUGUGUAUGGUGAAUCCUUUUCUGUGAUAAAUAUGUUGUUGCUCUACAGAGGAAGAGUAUGAAUCUCUGGAAUCUCUAACUCAGGCAAGCUGGUUCAGUCAAAAUUGAUAUUGACAAACAAUGAUGUGAUGUUGGAAGUAUUUGGCGAUAACAAGCAGAUAUUUUAUUUGGCAAGUAAUAAUGUAGGAGUGAGAAAGGUUGCUUUAGGUCCAAGGCUCAAAGCACCCUGCAAUUAGUGUAUACUGAUCAACAAGGUAUUGCUUGCAAUCUUUGAGCUUCAAGACCCUUUGAAUCUUGUGCUGUCGGCUGAUUACUUGGGUCCAAUGAAAAUACUUAAAAGGCAACCUCCGUCCUCCUAUGUACCCUGUGUCCCCGGUCCAUCAUUGAUGAUUUAAUAUCAAGACCUCUGGGUACAUUUAAGAAACCAAGAUUUGCAUCAGUGGGAUCGAUACUUGAAAACCAAGAUUUCUAGGCUCAUUCAAGUAGCGCGCAGGCAAUGCCACUCAUUGGAGCUGAUUGUUUGCCUGUAUCUCUUGUGCUGAAGAUUCUGCUCUGAAACUAUCCACUGUGUACAUAGUAAACUAUCCUAAAAACAGAAAAGCAUACCCGUUAUUUGUACAUACUGCUGUAAAUUAUCAUCAUCACAUUUUUAGCAUACAAAUGUGCGGAAGCAUCAUGGCAUGUUGUAGCAAGACUAGUUAUUGUGAUGCGCCUAUAUGUUGGUCUUUUGAUAAUUAUAAUUCACUCAUUCUGCAUAAUAAAUCAGCUCCUCCAAGUAUAUGAA